CUGGUAUUGGAGCCUGCUCCUUCACCCUGCAAUUCAGCGCUGUCCCGGGUUAACCCGAAGGUAACUCGAGGCUCCAGGGUGCCUAUCCGGGAGCACACUUCGGACCCGCGGCCAACCGGAACCCCGGAGAGGGCGGGGAAGCCAGGGUUGGAGCCGGAGCUGGGCUGGAGCUGCCUGGAGGGCUUCCUGGCCUGGGGAUGGCUCCUGGCUAAAGAUGCUUGCCCAGGAGCUGCAGCUGGCAAAGAUCGGGGAGCGGGGGUCACUGGAGAGCUCCAGGAAGGGCCAGGAAGAAACUUCCCAGAAAUUUGGACCAGAUUUUCCCUGGCCUAGGGCGUGGCUUCCCCCGGAACUCAUCCCCUGCAGUCACUAAGAUGCUUUGAGUUUCCAGUCUCUAACUGGGUUGCAGAAUGUCUCCCCCCCGCGACCCUCCCAGGAGGUCAGAGGGCAACUUGUACAACUCUGGACUCCUUUACUAAGCGGAUCCCGGGGACAGAACUCAGAUCGUCAAGUUUGGCAGCAAGCGCCUUCUGCGCUGCCUUUCAUGGAUGCGAAAUCAGAGCGCACACGUAGCUUCUUAGCGUCUCUAAGAAUACGGAAUGCGCACAAGGAAAAGGCGAGGCUCGAACCUCUGUUGCAAUGUAUCCUUCAUUUUCUUCCUCCCACUAUUGUGUCAGAUACCUGUUGCUCUAGGAACCGAAAACUUUGCUCUGUGUUUCUGCGGGACACUCUUGCGCUGCACACACUUCGUUUCCCUUGGAUCAGCCAAUAGGAACCAAAGUCUAUGGCUAGAGGGCGGGACCUCCUAUAGGUGAUCCAAUGGUAUUUGAGAGUCGUACCGCCAGUCAAGCCGCAAAGUACAGUACUUCAGAAAUUGAAGCGGUGCUGGAGUGUCGGCCAAGGUGCUUGCAAAUUGCAAAUCUAUGUGGCGUGGGAUGAGCGCCCUGGCUACCCGGGCGGCGUGGGCGCCCUUCAGGCUGUGCGCACGCUGCAGCACCCGUGCAGAGUCCUUGGUCCCCGGGAGCACCAUCUUCGCGCUCAGCUCCGGCCAGGGACGCUGCGCCAUCGCAGUGAUCCGCACCAGCGGCCCAGCCAGCAGGCUCGCGCUCCGCAGCCUCACGGCACUCCGGGAGCCGCCUCCUGCCCGCAGCGCCUGCCUACGCCUUCUCCGCCACCCGUGCUCCGGGGAGCCACUGGACCGUUCACUCGUCCUCUGGUUCCCAGGCCCCCAGAGUUUCACGGGAGAGGACUGCAUGGAGCUGCACGUACACGGAGGUCCUGCGGUGGUCAGCGGCGUCCUGCAGGCAUUAGGUAGUGUUCCAGGACUGCGGCCAGCCGAGGCUGGAGAGUUCACCCGGAGGGCAUUUGCCCAUGGCAAGUUGAGCCUGACCGAAGUGGAAGGACUGGCAGAUCUGAUCCAUGCUGAAACUGAGGCCCAGCGUCGACAGGCCCUGAGGCAGCUGGAUGGGGAACUGAGCCAGUUGUGCCAGGGUUGGGCGAAGACCCUCACCAAGGCUCUGGCCCAUGUGGAGGCCUACAUUGACUUCGGAGAGGAUGAUAAUUUGGAAGAGGGUGUGUUGGAGCAGGCAAACAGAGAUGUACGAGCCUUGGAGGCGGCGCUGGGCUCCCACCUGCGAGAUGCUAGGCGUGGACAGAGGCUCCGCUCGGGGGCAAACGUUGUGGUCACUGGACCGCCCAAUGCCGGCAAGAGCAGUCUGGUCAAUCUGCUCAGCCGGAAGCCAGUGUCCAUCGUGUCCCCAGAGCCUGGGACCACCCGUGACGUGCUGGAGACUCCCGUGGACCUGGCUGGGUUCCCUGUCUUGCUGAGUGACACCGCGGGGCUUCGGGAAGGCGUGGGCACUGUUGAGCAGGAGGGUGUGCGCAGGGCGCGCCAGAGGCUGGAGCAGGCUGACCUCAUCCUGGGGGUGCUGGACGCCUCCGACCUGGCCUCCUCCUCCAGUCGCAGCUUCCUGGACACUGUGGUGGCCCCACUGGUAGCUCAAAGCCACGAAAGUGGCAGACAGCGCCUCCUGCUGCUGCUCAACAAAUCUGAUCUGCUGUCUGCUAAUGCCCCAGCCUUCGACACAGCCCUGCCUCCUCACCUGCUCCUGUCCUGCCACACUGGAGCUGGGAUGGACGGCCUCCUGCUGGCCCUGAAGACCGAGCUGUCUGCAGUGUGUGGGGACCCAUCCACAGGACCACCGCUCUUGACCCGGGCUAGGCACCAAUACCACCUCCAGGGCUGCCUGGAUGCCCUGGGCCACUACCAGCUGGCCACAGACCUGGCUCUGGCAGCUGAGGCCCUGCGCCAGGCUCGGAGACAACUAAGCCACCUUACAGGUGGAGGGGGAACUGAGGAAAUCCUGGAUCUCAUCUUCCAGGACUUCUGUGUGGGCAAGUGAGGUCCAGAGCCUGGGACUCAGCCUCAGAGUUCCCACAAGGUCAAGAGCCAAGACAGCAGACCUAGCAGACGCCAAGAGAGCACUGGGGGUCUGCAGCCCUCCACAGUGGGGAGAGAGAGAGAGAUGUGUCAGGGAUCCAAGGAUGAAUACUUCCUCACCCCGAUGUUGGGAUUAAGGCCCACAUCACCUUGCCAAGUGUCUGUAUGAUGUGGUGCAGGAGGUAAAACCUGUGAGUGUUAUGUGCUGAGCCACACCCUCUGCCUAUCACUGGGGGAUUCUGGGCAGAGGCUCCAACCCCCGAGCCACGCUCCCUGCCCCUUACUGGCUGGUUCAAUUACCAAAGGAGAAGGAAGAGUAAGGAUAAUCCAGAAAUGACCCAGAAAUGUGCAUUCACAAGGAGCAGUCAGCCUUAUCUUCUGGAACUUUACUGACGUGUUUCUAUUUAUGGCAUUGUUUGCCGAUUAAAUAUAUUUAUUUAUUUUUUCUUUUGUAGUA